AGAGACAGUUUCCGGCACCAGUGAGAACUGUGGGAAUGAUUGCGGCUGUGGUGGUCGGGAAGGUCCUGCGUUCCUCCCACCCACUACAAAAGAUACUGUGCGGAGUCCCUGCCGAUACAUGGCAUUUCCUUGCAACGGCUUCUGGGCUUGCUGGCGCUGGAAUUCAGAAUAAGCUCCAUUAUCUUCCACCCGGGAGGCAUCUGGAUGAUAAAGUCAUCAAACUUGCUGUUUUCAGUGGAUAAAAUGAGUUGAAGGCAAGGAUUAUUUAUUAUUAGGCUUCUGUUGUACCUGUUUUAUCACAGGGGUCAGCAAUAAUUUAAAGACUUCUCUUUGCAGUGCAUGGACACAAAACCAAUGCGCAGGUGUACAAGUAAUCGAGCAGGUGAAACCGGAAUGGAUGUAACAAGCCGUUGCACUCUUGGAGAUCCCAACAAACUACCAGAAGGAGUGCCACAACCUGCUCGCAUGCCUUACAUCUCAGACAAGCACCCUCGCCAAACAUUGGAGGUUAUCAAUUUGUUGCGUAAGCACCGGGAGCUGUGUGAUGUGGUGCUGGUUGUGGGGGCCAAAAAAAUCUAUGCCCAUCGAGUCAUCCUAUCAGCCUGCAGCCCCUACUUCCGAGCAAUGUUCACAGGAGAACUUGCAGAAAGCCGGCAGACUGAGGUGGUGAUCAGAGACAUUGAUGAAAGGGCCAUGGAACUACUUAUUGACUUUGCAUAUACUUCCCAAAUUACAGUAGAAGAGGGCAAUGUUCAGACCUUACUGCCAGCUGCUUGCCUUCUCCAACUAGCUGAGAUCCAAGAAGCCUGCUGUGAGUUUCUGAAAAGACAGUUGGAUCCUUCCAAUUGCCUUGGCAUUCGAGCAUUUGCUGAUACUCAUUCUUGCCGUGAACUUCUUAGAAUUGCUGAUAAAUUCACUCAGCAUAAUUUUCAAGAGGUGAUGGAAAGUGAAGAAUUCAUGCUGCUUCCAGCCAAUCAGCUUAUUGACAUCAUUUCCAGUGAUGAACUCAAUGUCCGGAGCGAAGAACAAGUCUUCAACGCAGUCAUGGCUUGGGUCAAAUACAGCAUUCAAGAAAGGCGCCCGCAGCUUCCUCAAGUUUUGCAACAUGUCCGCUUGCCACUGCUUAGUCCAAAGUUUUUGGUGGGCACAGUUGGUUCUGAUCCCCUCAUUAAAAGUGAUGAAGAAUGUAGGGAUUUAGUAGAUGAAGCUAAGAACUACCUGCUGUUGCCCCAAGAACGACCACUGAUGCAGGGUCCUAGAACUCGACCACGCAAACCCAUCCGUUGUGGAGAGGUGCUCUUUGCAGUGGGUGGCUGGUGUAGUGGAGAUGCAAUUUCCAGUGUUGAGCGCUAUGAUCCUCAAACAAAUGAGUGGCGGAUGGUGGCUUCCAUGAGCAAAAGACGAUGUGGUGUUGGAGUUAGUGUCUUGGAUGAUCUUCUUUAUGCAGUAGGAGGACAUGAUGGUUCUUCCUAUCUAAAUAGUGUAGAAAGAUAUGAUCCAAAAACCAAUCAGUGGAGCAGCGAUGUGGCACCUACCAGCACCUGCAGAACCAGUGUUGGAGUGGCAGUACUUGGUGGAUAUCUGUAUGCUGUAGGUGGUCAGGAUGGUGUUUCCUGUCUUAACAUCGUUGAAAGUGAGAUGUUUCCUUCUUUUUGUUUCAGAUAUGAUCCAAAAGAAAACAAAUGGACUCGUGUAGCUUCCAUGAGUACUAGGCGACUUGGGGUGGCUGUGGCUGUAUUAGGGGGUUUCCUGUAUGCUGUUGGAGGCUCUGAUGGGACAUCACCUCUGAACACAGUGGAACGCUACAAUCCCCAGGAGAAUCGCUGGCAUACAAUUGCACCUAUGGGAACUCGACGUAAGCACCUAGGGUGUGCCGUGUAUCAAGAUAUGAUCUAUGCUGUGGGAGGCAGAGAUGAUACUACUGAACUUAGCAGUGCUGAGCGAUAUAAUCCCAGAACUAACCAGUGGUCUCCUGUGGUAGCGAUGACAUCACGCCGUAGUGGGGUUGGACUUGCUGUAGUGAAUGGACAACUAAUGGCCGUGGGAGGCUUUGAUGGCACAACAUAUUUGAAGACUAUUGAGGUGUUUGAUCCCGAUGCCAACACAUGGAGGCUGUAUGGAGGAAUGAACUAUCGUCGACUUGGAGGUGGUGUGGGGGUUAUCAAAAUGACACACUGCGAAUCCCAUAUAUGGUAAAAAGCCAAAGGGAAAAUUUUGCUUGUUUCUUCAUUCCAACUGAAACAUUUGUGUUAGGUAACUUAAGAACCUUUCAAGACUCUAGUAAAAUGAGAUCACUUAUGUUCUUGCUGUGCCUCUUCCUUUGGAACUGCAGUGGAUAUUCAAAUGUUUGCUCUCUUCUCUGCUACAAUUAAGGAAGAACAUGCUACCCAACUGCAGAAAACUCCCUGGAACAGUAAUUUCCUUGUAUUUAUCUUCCUAUCCUAAUAUAAUCUUUCUGUUGGAACUGGAAUCCACUGUUACGUCAAGCAUUGUCUAAGAUCCCAGAUACAUGUGAGUUCUUUCAAAGAGGUGAACCUGUGUGAAGAAGUGGCAAGCUGUAAGAGCAAUGUUUCUAUAAACAUCAUUUG